UUUCAGCCCCCAUCGACCACCGGCCAUAUAGCGAUCACUUCAUCCUUUCCUGAAGAGGCAGCCGGCGCACGAUGCGCUGAAACCUGGCCGCACCGGACCAACAUGCCAUAUUAAAGAAUAGAGCUAGAAGCCCGGUAGGAUGCUACUUUCGAGGUAGUUAGACAAUCGGCUGCGGCAUAAUACAUCAUGCCUACCCUCUCCUCUCUCGCCAUCCCCGUCUCCACCUCCGUAUUUCCGCUUCUCUCGCCCUCAGCCAGGGCUUGUAGCGGAAAGAGGUUACCCUCCGCGGCAAAUAUGUCCAAGCAAAAACCCGGCCACGACGUGGCGAUGGCACCCGAUGCCGCUGUAGCAGCGGGUGUCGUGGGUGGUUACGGUGCUCCAAGGCGAGGGCGACGGGGGAGAAGGGGGGGGGGAGGUGGAACGGUGCGUUCGGGACCGGCUGGCGAUCAGAGCUCAAAAGCCUCCAUGUACGCUUUGACACAUGGUUAAUGACGGCAAGACAAUAGUGCCUCGCACGGGAGGACUACUACGUAGAACAAAUAACGAGACAGAAAGAAUCCCAUAAGCGAAUGCUAUUAGCGCGCCUCUAGCUGGCGUUUU